CUGUGCGGCCGGCAGGGAAUGCAAGUGGUUCGCCAACAUACGCGGGUAUUGGAUAUAAUUUACAUCGUAGGCACCGGGCCCCACUUCUCUCCACUUCUCCUCCUGAGGCACGGACGGCUUCGGUGUUACCUGAUUCUUUUGCGUCGCCGAGUAGCCGGCAAUACGCGAGACACCAUGGAGGCACUCAUCACCUUUUUGCUGCUCGUCUCCACCCUGACUGCUGCCCAAGCUUACUCAGAUUUGAAGGGACACGGCCAGGUCGGCAGUCAUAAACGCGAGGUCGUCUGCUACGUCUCAUCGUGGGCCGCCUACCGCCGUGCGCCCGGAAACUUUUCCCUCACGGACCUGGACCCGACGAUUUGUACCCACCUCGUGUACGCUUUCGCAGGGCUGAACAGCACCACUUUCGAGAUCAGGUCGCUCGACCCCUACAGGGACUUGGAGGAGAACUAUGGAUUAGGUUGGUAUCGAAAAAUGACUGUAAUGAAGAAACAGUAUCCACACCUGAAAGUCACCAUUGCCAUUGGCGGCUGGAAUGAAGGCUCUACUAAUUAUUCCAGAAUGGCAGAAGACCCGCAAAAGCGACAAAUAUUUAUCCAAAGCGUCAUCAAAUUUUUAGACAAAUUUGAUUUUGAUGGUUUGGACCUUGAUUGGGAAUUCCCGGCGAAUCGCGGUGGAAAACCCGAGGACAAGGAGAAUUUUGUUACUCUCGUCAAGGAACUGCGAACUGCAAUGCCGAACAAAUUGUUGACCGCCGCUUUCGGCGCCGGAGAGACCAUUAUCAAAUCUGCUUACAACAUUCGCGCCCUUUCGACCCACCUGGAUUUGAUGCACAUCAUGGCCUACGACUAUCACGGUACUUGGGAAGGAAAGACAGGCUCUAAUGCGCCUCUGAGAACAGUCGAUUCGCACGAUCCUCUUUCAAUUUCCUACACAAUCAAACUUCUGAAAUCGCUGGGGGCGCCUGCAAGGAAAAUUGUGCUUGGAGUGCCAAUGUACGGUAGGACCUUUUUGCUGAAAAAACCGGCGGUCGGGGAGGACCAACAAGUGCAGCCGUUUGGUGAAGCAGCCCAAGAAAGAGGUUUCCAGGGACCUUAUACCGGCGAGGACGGCUUCAUGGGCUACAACGAGAUUUGCAAAGAGGUUGAGUCUCCCUCAACCACUUGGAGACUGAUGUGGGACGAAACGAGCAAAACGCCCUAUGCAGUGAGUGGCGAUAAAUGGAUUUCUUACGACAACGAGAGGAGUGUUGCCGAAAAGGCGAAAUUCGCGAUUGAAGAGGAUUUGGGAGGAGUAAUGGUGUGGUCCAUCGACACUGACGACUUCCGUGGCGACUGCCGCUCCAAUGGCGAGACUGGAGGUCACUUCCCUCUCGUCACCGCCCUGAAUGUAGCCAUGGCUCAGGUGAUCAACGAGCGCAGCUCAGAAGUAAUUACGACGUCCACCACUGAGCAAACAUCAGGUUCUUCCACUCUGGUCACGUCCAUUGCAGUCUGCGCCAUAUCAUUUGUGAUGAUGCUCAGAAAUUUUUAAUCAAAGCCAAAAAUAUUGUAUUUUGAUGGGAUUUUUAAAGAAUGUACAAAAAGUAAUAAAAAAUGCGAAAACUUUUAAAGUUGCUGUGAA